AAAUGAGAAUUCUCAACUAAAAAGCGACGAGAAGAUUUGCCAUAUUUGUAGAUUAAUCUUAACUAAAUAUUACAAAUUCACAUCCGAUUGAAAUUUCAUUGACACUCAAGUGAAAAUAAACUUCAGCUUUAACCGAAAAAGGCAACAUCUACUACGUCACUGAAAUUACAACAAACGACAAAAAAAAAAAACUCUCAACCAUGGAAUCUAACCAACGUAAACGUAUUGAAAAAAAUAUUGAUUCAUUAGUUAAUCUAACAGAUUUCGAUAAAUUAUGUCUGGCUUGUUAUGACGGUCAUUUAUUAAGUAGCAAAAUGAUACAAAAUAUAUGCCAUUAUUUACCUCAAACUAUUUCGGAAGACUGCGGUGUUGACGACAAGAUUAAAAGAGAACGUCACAAACUGUUAUUUAAAAAGAUCACGAAAAGAGGUCCGGAUGCUUUUGAAAAAUUACAUAAAAUUUUUACUGCUUUGAAAUACAAGGAAGCUUUGCAUAUAUUGUUUGAUGCUGAUGAGGGUAUGAUUUCGCUAAGUUCAAGUAAAAAAACUGGAAAACCGACGUCUGGAAAUAAUAUUGAUAAGAAUAUUAUAAACGAUACAGCAUUAAUUGGACAGAGUACACACACUUGCCGCACAAAUAACGACACUAAUAUAACUUUGCACGAAUACGAGGGUUUAAUUCAACCAAAGAAACCUAUUUCUGUUCAAAAGGCCAACCGAAUUACUAUAGAUCCAAAUUUUGGGACAUAUCACAUGGAAAGUAAAAAUAAUCGCGGCAUAUUGUUUAUGGUUAGCAGUGACAAGCAGCAACAUGAACUAUACGAUGAUGACCAUUCACUAAUGUCACUAUUUCAGCAACUGGGCUUUAAAGUGUAUGCCUACAGCAAUAUUUCGCUAAAUAAAUUCCUUGAACUGCUCGAUGAGCUACUCAGUUCUGACAAUAUUAAUGAUAUAGAAUGCUUUGUAUUGGCCUUGAGAGCAGGCGGUCGACUAAUCGAUGGUGUACAAUGGACAACAUUCAAUGAUGGCUCUGUGGUUAAGGUAGAAGAUAUUCAAAAAUAUUUCUAUCAUCAAAGAUGCAAGCAGUUGGUGGGGAAGCCCAAAAUUUUCAUCUAUCCGUAUAGCGAAGUGCCGAACAAAUGCGUUAGUAGUUCACGCGAAAUACAAACCGAUAGUGUUGGUCGCGAAGUGCGUUUAAAACAAGUUUCUCAAUUGUCGGAUGUGAUUAACUGUUAUGCCACUACCAAGGGUUUCUUGGAUCAUCGGGAUAAUGAAAACUACUCGUGUUACAUACAGAAUUUCGUCGAUGUAGUGGCCGCCCAUGCUUUUAAUACACAUUUUGAAGAUAUGCUUAAGAUAAUUCAAGAUAAUGUUGAAAAACUGAGUAUUAAACGCGGUCACUUACAAAUUGCCAGCAAUGAAAACAUUAGUUUUAAUAAAAUUCUAUACUUUAAUCCUGGCAUAAUUGUGAAUUAAGUAUAAAUAGUUCAAUAAUUAUUGUAAAUGCUCAUCUCACAUUAGCUGUGUUUCCCUAUUUUCCAGAAUUUAUUGUUAAAUAUAAUUAUAGUUAAUAGUAAUCUAUAAUUAAGAUUUUUAUGACUAGUGCGGGAACACAAUAAAUACACAUAAUAAUUAUUUUUUUUAAUAUUUUAAUAAAUAGUAUUAAGUUCCAAAUGUCCAUAGUAUUAAAUAUUUUACUAUGGUUUCGACUUAGUUUAUAAUAGUAAUUAAAUUGUUAAAUAAAAUACUUUUUGGGGAAA